GAAACACCAGAGUCGUUCAGUGGCGAUGUGCUAUCGAUAAGUCCCGACUGUGGUUCUAUAGUCCAAUUGCUAUAUAAGUGUGGCUUUGGUGCGAGGAGAAUGAGUCAAGUGCUGCAGAGGAUCCUCACGGAGCAGGAGCUCCAGGAACUGGGACUGCCAAGGAGAGAGUGAGCCAAGCCCAUGGACCCACACACACAAGCCUACUUAAUCAUCUUGCUUCUCUCUCUCUCUCUCUCUCUCUCUCUGUGCCUGUGUGUGUGUGCCUGAAGGGAGCUGGUGAACCAGGCGGACACGCUGAGCUGCCGGUCCUUCCGCAAGCUGCGCUGGAUGGCGGUGGCAAACUUCUUCGGCUACUGGGGAGUCGUCCUCUUCUGCCUCUACAGGUGCGUGGCGGGAGCGUACCAGUGAGGGAGCCUAUGACAAGCACCACUGAGCACAACUCACUCACCGAUGCUGUGUGUGUGUGUGUGUCUGGCUGGCCGGCUGCUGUCUGCAGGUUUCUGCAGUCGCCUUUGUUGGUGCCGGGCAGCUUUGAGGUGUGUCUGUUCCUGAUUUGGUGCUUCCUGACCUCCUUCGCUGAGGUCCGUCUUGGCAUCGGUCUGGUGGGCCUGCACGGCAUCUCCCUCGUCGAGAUACUCGCCUUCAUCCUCGGUCAGUCAGUCAGCCGGCAAAGAUUAAGCAUGACAACUGGCCGCCAGCCGGCUGCAGGUCCCGAGAGAUGUGUGGUUUUGCGUGUGUGUCGGUGUGUGUGCAGGUCUGGGUGGUCGGACGGUGAUCUUCUGCGACGUCAUGUUCAUCGCCAUCGCGUCCAAGAGCUGGCGGCUGAUCUUCCUCACCGCCCUGACCGUCUUUAUGGUCGCCAUCGGCCUCUUCACAUUCCUCCUGCAGGCGCGCAUGGCCCUCACCCUUUUCAUCGACAACGACUUCUUCUCGUUCGAGACGCCACAUCACGUCGUCAAGCCGUCGGCGUGGGCCCGCAUGUGGCGCUUCACACGCACCCUCUGCACACAACUGGCCGCCUGCCUGCUGCACCUGCCCGUCUCGCUGCGGCGGCUUCUCCGAGGGGUCCGGAACACGCGGGCUCGGGGGCUCCCCUGCUUCCCCUACACGGACAGGGCCGCCGGCCAGUCGAGAACGCUCCGGAGCGAGAGCAACAGCCUGGUCAACCCCCUCACCGCCAUGAGCCCACACACCCACACAGGCGCCUCACCAAACGCAGCCAUGGGCGGCGGCGGUCUGCAGCCCAUAGAAAUGGGCCAUCUCGCCAAGAGCCCCAUCAAGCAGCACAAGGGUGGCGGCGGGGGCGGGGGCGGGGGCGAGCUCAGCGGCAGCACAGCAGCCGAGGAGAGCACCGAUGGGGCGGCCUCAUCCGGCAAGUCGGAAGGGUCUGGGCGAGCGUCCCCGGCCGCGAGCAGCGCCGACCACGCGGCCCCCUUAUCAGACAGAGGCCGCCCCUCCCCCCUCCUUCCAAUGGCGUCUCGCGCCGGUGCCCGCACGUCAGACGAGACGGGCAGCGAGGGCUCGGCCACCUGGGUGACGGUCAACCUCAAUGAGAACGAUGACACAAGCGACACUGACCAGAGAGGGGGGAGGAGGGGUGGCGGUGGCGGUGGCGGUGGGCGGGGCGUGCGUGUGGCGUCGGCGAUUGCCGAGGAGGGCGAGGGGGAGGAUGCUAGUGGCAGUGGGGUGUCUCCUUUGGGAGGGGGCGAGAGUGACGACGGUGAAGGGUUGGUGGACAACGAGACUGGGACGAGGGCGGUGGUGCAGCUGGCCAACACGUUCCACCAUAUGGACCUGCUCUUCCUCCAAGGCAUUCUCAAAAAGGUAAAUAAGGUGCCCACCCCUCGUACUGGACUGCACUGGGAGAGAGGGAGGGAGAGGGAGGCGUGGAUGCUCUAUCUAUCUGUGUGUGAUUGUGUUUGUUCCUUUAUAAAGAGGUUCGUGCCGCCUGAGAUGGUGGAAGGCCACGAGUUCAUCGUGGCCACAUCGACAGUCAGCCGCUGCAUGUGCGAGGACCUGGUGCAGUGUGUCCUCAAGGUCUUUCUGCUGCUCGGCUACGGCUACAACCCCUUCAUCAUGUUGGCAGUCGUCCUGUCGGCCGCACAGGCCUUCUUCAUGUGCUGCUUCUCGUCUGCCUCAUUCGACGAGGUGCAGCCCAGCCUGGAGGAAUGGUUCCUCAUGUGAGCGACGGACGUCGACCGGAUAUAUACACACGGGCGUGGCGUGUCAUCGCACACGCCCGCGAUGAGCCUAAGCGUCCGACCGAGUCGACAUCGUGUGUGCGCCGUGGUGAUGCGGUGCGCCGUGUAAGAGCGGCUUCUUGCUCGAGUUUUUCGUCUGGCUGUCUUCCUCUCUGUCUGUCUGUCUGUCUGUCUGUGGUGGGGCGGAGAGUGUGGCCGUGCAGUCUGAUGUACAGGUGGACUCAUUGAUCGAUUCGGCUGGCUACACAUGGGACUUUUCAUCGGCUGCAUUUGCCUAAGUCAAAUUGUCCUACCGAGG